AUGAGGAACUCGUUUGCGCUGAGCCUUUUGGCCCUCGUUGGCUUUGCGACUGCAAACGAGCAGUGCCUGAGCUUGACAUCCCAAAUCCCUGAUUGCGCUCUGUCUUGUGUGCAGAGCGCUGCAUCCCAAGUAGGAUGUACCGAGAGCGAGGAUUUGGCGUGCCGGUGCACCAAGGCCAGCUUCAAGGCCAUUGAGACUUCCGCUCAAACCUGCGUUGCGGACUGCGGGUUUAUCCCGGCCGUCAAGGCCCUUCAUGCGCGCAAGGUCAUCUGCAAGUGCGUCAGGACAGCGACGCCUUCAGCGGCUCCAGCUUUGGCGACUCCCCUUCUCUUCACCGCGGAUUCCUCGACGCCCCCGGAGCCAAGGUCUCAGCUACCGUCUCGUUCACACUCGCCGGCACCGCCCAAGGAAACUUCCUAG